GAGUUCAUUUAAAACAUGUUUGCACACUGGAUAACAAGUUUUCUUGUUUUAGUUGAAUUUGAACCUGGAGGAACAUCGAGUGAUGAUGAAGAAACAAUCGCUAAAGCGGAGGCCGAAGAAGAGAAAGAGGAAGGCAUUGAUAAAACAAAAGAAAUAGAGCUUCUCCAGAAAGAAUCAGAGUUACCGUUAGAUGAGCUUUUGAAAGAUUAUCUGGAUAACAGAGAAAACAUUGUUAUUGAGGAUAAUGAUCAGGAUGAUGACGACAAUGAUGAUGCAAGUUCUGUUGAUAAAGAUGAGGAAUUUAGGGCUUCAGAUAAAGAUUCGAGUGAUGACGAAGAAACCAUCCAGGAACAGGAAAAAGCAGAAGGAAAAGUUGACCAUCAGCAAGAGUUAGAUGAUUUAAAAGCUGAAGGAGAGAUGAGUAUAGAUGAGCUCAAAGCGAAGUAUGCAGAGAUGCAGACUAAUGGUGCCACCGCAAUCAUAGAGGUUGAAUCUCAAGCAUCUGAUGAAACUGAAGAGGAAGAAGACAGUAUCAGUUUAAGUGAAGAUGAAGCGAUGGAAGUCGAGGAAGAAGAACCUGCCACUGAAGAUCUUAGUACUUUGCUAACUGAGGAUACAACAUCUUCUCAACAGCCAAGCGAGAAAGAAGCCCGUGAUGCGGAAAUAAACGAUGUGGCUGCCUUGGCUGAGAGUAUUCAGCCGAAGGGGAACACAUUGUCUUCAACAAGUGUGGUGACUAAGAUACCGUUUCUUCUGAAGCACUCGUUGAGGGAGUACCAACACAUCGGGCUGGACUGGCUGGUGACUAUGCAUGACCGCAAGCUGAACGGUAUACUAGCUGAUGAGAUGGGACUGGGGAAGACCAUACAGACCAUAUCGGUGCUGGCUCAUCUAGCUUGUGAGAAAGGAGUUUGGGGUCCGCAUCUAAUUGUAGUUCCUACGUCUGUGAUGUUAAAUUGGGAAAUGGAGUUUAAGAAGUGGUGCCCAGCUUUUAAAAUUUUAACUUAUUACGGUACCCAAAAGGAAAGGAAACUCAAGAGAACAGGUUGGACCAAGCCUAAUGCAUUCCAUGUGUGCAUCACCUCCUACAAAUUAGUCAUCCAAGAUCACCAAAGUUUUAGGCGAAAAAGUUGGAAAUAUCUUAUCCUUGAUGAAGCUCAAAACAUAAAAAAUUUCAAAUCACAAAGGUGGCAACUACUCUUAAACUUUCAAACACAAAGGAGACUGCUUCUGACAGGAACACCGUUGCAGAACAACCUGAUGGAACUGUGGUCUUUGAUGCACUUCCUUAUGCCGAACGUGUUCCAGUCGCAUCGAGAAUUUAAGGAGUGGUUUUCAAACCCUGUGACAGGGAUGAUUGAGGGCAACUCUGAAUAUAAUGAACAGAUCAUCAAGAGACUUCAUAAGGUAUUGAGACCUUUUUUACUACGAAGGUUAAAGUGCGAGGUGGAGAAGCAGCUGCCAAAGAAGUACGAGCAUGUUGUCAUGUGCAGGUUGUCCAAUAGGCAGCGUUACCUUUACGAGGACUUCAUGUCUCGAGCUAAAACGAAAGAGACGCUGGCCUCGGGCAAUCUCCUUAGUGUGAUCAACGUGCUGAUGCAGUUGCGGAAGGUGUGUAACCAUCCGAACCUGUUUGAAGUCCGGCCCACCAUCUCCCCCUUCCAGAUGGAGGCACUUGAGUGCUUCACCGCCUCGUGUAUCUGGAGUGCCUUAGACUACGAUCCAUUCAAGCAUGUGGAUUUGUCCUUUCUGAACCUGCGUAAAAUAGAGCUAGAGCUGUGGAUGUCUGCAUUUAUGGCCCACCGAGCGAGGAAGUUCCGCACCCCUGCGAAACUAAUAGAGGAGAUCGAUUCUGCCCCUCCUCCUCCCCCGCCGUGUCCGAAGGGCAGGAUAAAAGUCCAUGUGCGAUUUUCCAAUCAAAGCAACACACAGCAGAUAUCAAUCAAGCCAGGUGCUUUUUUAGGCAGUAGCAAUCCCAGACCUGCAGUGAACACGGCUCUGCUGCCGAGAGUUGGACCUUCAACUCUGGUGCGGACUGCAAUCACCAACCAGGUCAUGGCUCAAGGACUUACACUGAGGAUGCCAGGACAGCCAGGUCAACUACAAGGUUACUCUGUGCAGUUGGUGCAGCAGCGUGGAGGUGUUAAAGCAGUGACACUGGGUACACCAAGCACAGAGGCGGGAACAUCUGGUAUCCAGAGGUUCUCUGUGCCGCCAGGAUUUGCUCAGUUAGUGCAGACUAACACUGGCAGACAUCUCCUGCUGACGUCUUCUCCCCACCCUGGCUCUUCCGCCACCGUGGUGACGUCAGGAGGGCAGAGACUACUGUUGGGGUCAGGCGUUGCCGUGUCGGGUGCCUUGACGCGGUUGGCCAGUCCGUCAGUGGCAGGUGGCAACACACCUCGCCCAGUCAUCAGAGUUUCUGCGGCUUCUGUGUCCAGUCCACUGGCAAUAAAUCACAGUGUGACAACUGCAGCCAGCACUAUUGUGGUGACUUCACCCACCGUGACAACGCCCACUGUGGUCGCUGGGAUCAGGACCAGCACAGCCUUGUCACAACCAGUGGCCAGCCCCUCCUCCUCCCCUCCCUCUCCCUCCAGCAUGACAACACGUGCCGCAUCCAGCCAAGCCAGGCGCAGACAGGAUGAGGAGAGGGCAUCCACAGUCUUCGUCAUUCCGAGACUGGAAGAGAAGCGGAAGAAGUGGCGACAGGAGAAGCUGGUGCAGUCUGCCACAGUAAACGAGCAGAGGUGUACUGCGAGUCCUAUGUACGGCUGGGACCUGGUGAAAGCUCUGCGGUUGGUGGAUCUGCCCGGUGUGGCGCCCUGCAACCUGGCACAUGACAGAGAUCCUGCUCUCUACUGGCAUCAGACGGAGGCCCUCUCGCAGGCCAUCCUCUCUGUCGAAGACAGGUUGCAUGACCUUAAAGACUUGUUAGCCAGGUUUGUGUUCUACGUACCAGCUGUACGGGCGCCCCGCCCCAGACUGCACGUGUCACAUCCCCCACCUUGGAAGCUACAGGAGGAUCGUCACCGGACAAUGAUGCUCGAGGCGGACUUGUCUCCACGCGCCAGUUGUCUCCAUCCUAUCCAUUCUGCCACACUCACACAGUUCCCUGAUCCAAGUCUGAUACAGUACGACUGUGGCAAGCUGCAGGCCCUGGACAGGCUGCUACGUCAGCUAAAGUCGGGACACCACCGGGUACUCAUCUUCACACAGAUGACGAGGAUGCUGGACGUGCUUGAGGCGUUCCUCAACUUCCACGGCCACAUAUACCUCCGACUGGAUGGUACUACCAAAGUCGACCAGAGACAGGUUCUGAUGGAGAGAUUUAACGGGGACAAGAGGAUAUUCUGCUUCAUCCUAUCGACGAGAUCGGGUGGUGUGGGAGUCAACCUGACGGGGGCUGACACUGUGAUAUUUUACGACAGUGAUUGGAACCCGACCAUGGACGCUCAGGCUCAGGACAGAUGUCACAGGAUAGGACAGACCAGAGAUGUCCACAUAUACAGGCUAGUCAGCGAAAAGACUGUAGAGGAAAAUAUCCUGAAAAAAGCCAACCAGAAAAGAAUGUUGGGUGAUCUGGCCAUUGAGGGGGGCAACUUCACUACAGCCUACUUUAGGAGUUCAACAAUUCAAGAUCUGUUCAACGUUGAUGUCAAUGAAAAUGACGCAUCAACAAGAAUGGCAGAAAUUUUGGAGAGGGAUGCUGAGAGAAGAAGUCAGACUCAAAGUGAAGAUACUCAGUUGGCGCCGCAACAGUCUGGGGAGGAGAAGGCAGCGUUGGGAGUACUGGAGAGUGCGCUGGCGGCGGCUGAGGACGAGACAGACGUAGCAGCGGCCAAGACAGCAAAGGCGGAGGCCGUGGCAGAUCUGGCUGAGUUUGACGAGACCAUCCCAUUGGACCAGGAUGCUGACCAAGGCUCAGAGGAGAUCAGUAAGGCGGAGCAGGAGGUUAACGCUCUUAUCCAACAGUUAAGUGGCAUUGAACGCUAUGCAAUGAAGUUUAUCGAGGAGACAGAAGCAGCAUGGUCGGCGGAACAACUAGCAGCAGCAGAGGCAGAGAUCGAGCAGCAGAAGCGAGAAUGGGAGGAAGAGCGGUUGACAGCCUUGCGCCUGCAGCAGGAGGAGGACGAGAGGACAGCUGCUGAUGCGUCAGAGGAGCUGCUCACGUACUCACGCGAGGAUGCUCAGAACCAGAUUUGGGUCUCGCAGAACGCUCGUGAACAAAUGCCUAUGUGGUGCCCCCCCACGCCACCAGUGGAUGACAGCGAUGUGUACAUCGAUCAUGCCAUGUGUUUCCUCUACGAGCCCACCACCAUGUCUGAGGCCCAACUGCCGCCUGUCUAUGUCAAGAAGGACCGAAAACGCUCUCGAGUCGAGUCCACUAGUGAAGGCCGUCACCCAGUCAAGAUACGAAGCCAGCACAGGGAAGAGAUCACGAUGAUGCACGCCCCACGCUCGCUGUUCGACCGACCGUCUCCAGCUCUGGUCAAGAUGAGGCAUGAUCUGCGGCUUCACAAGUACAGGGGUGGUACUGGCACUCGGCCUACUCUCUCCGUGCCUUCCAGCCCCCUCGGACUCACCACUAAGCCGGUACAGCCUGUCAAACCGGUACCAGAACCAGAACAUGUGCCAGAGUGGCUCAUCCACGAGGACUGGGCGAUAUUGCAGGUUUGUCCCAUACAGACAUUACCUAUUUGUUUGGAAUCCCUAUUGUAA